CACAGUCUCUUCUCUUCAUUUCAGUUGAUUAAUGGAGGUGAAGAUGUGCUGGUAUUUUACAACGACAGAGCGUCAUUCCCUAUCCUCCUGAACAUGAUGUGCUCCGAGAGAGCCCGCGGGGACGAGAGCGGCCCCCUGGCCUACCACAUCACCCUUGUGGAGCUGCUGGCAGCGUGUACUGAGGGGAAGAAUGUCUACACUGAAAUCAAGUGCAAUUCUCUGCUGCCUCUGGACGACAUAGUGAGGGUGGUGACCCAUGAGGACUGCAUCCCAGAGGUCAAGAUUGCAUACGUGAACUUUGUCAACCACUGUUAUGUUGACACCGAGGUGGAGAUGAAGGAAAUCUACACAAGCAACCACAUUUGGAAGUUAUUUGAGAAUUUCCUGGUGGAUAUGGCCAGGGUCUGUAACACCACCACAGACAGGAAACACGCAGACACCUUCCUGGAGAAGUGUGUGACCGAGUCAGUCAUGAGCAUUGUGAGCGGCUUCUUCAACUCGCCAUUUUCGGAUAACAGUACCAGCCUCCAGACCCACCAGCCCGUCUUCAUCCAGCUGCUGCAGUCUGCCUUCAGAAUUUACAACUGUACCUGGCCCAACCCGGCCCAGAAGGCCUCAGUGGAGUCCUGCAUCAGAGCCCUGGCUGAAGUGGCCAAAAACCGUGGGAUUGCGAUCCCUGUGGACUUGGACAGCCAGGUUAAUACUCUCUUCAUGAAGAACCACUCAAGCACGGUGCAGAGAGCUGCCAUGGGCUGGAGGCUCUCCGCUCGCUCUGGCCCUCGCUUCAAGGAAGCUCUCGGAGGACCAGCAUGGGAUUACAGAAACAUCAUCGAGAAGUUACAGGAUGUUGUGGCCUCCCUGGAGCAGCAGUUCAGCCCCAUGAUGCAGGCCGAGUUCUCCGUGCUGGUGGACGUGCUGUAUAGUCCGGAGCUGCUGUUCCCAGAGGGCAGUGAUGCCAGGAUCAGAUGUGGUGCCUUCAUGUCAAAGCUGAUAAAUCACACGAAGAAACUGAUGGAGAAAGAGGAGAAACUGUGCAUUAAAAUCCUGCAGACACUGCGGGAGAUGCUGGAGAAGAGAGACAGCUUUGUGGAAGAGGUAGUCCUUUCAUUCCUACUACCUGAAAAUAGAUCUGUUUAUUUAUCCAUUUGCUUUUAGUAUUUGAAAUAGAGU